AUGUAUACCAAGUGGAAUUUUUCUUUAUUUUUACCCAGUUCAAAGAGGGGAGCAGCAAAAUGGUACCCAGACCCUGAAUGGAUUAAACAGUUUGAUGGACCAGUAAUGGUGCCAUAUGAGGGCCAGAGUCUGGAGAUGCCAAGCUGGAAUUCCAAGCUUGCACCUGUGGAGAAGAAAGUGCGCAACAUCAGCAUCAACUUUGGCCCUCAGCAUCCAGCUGCUCACGGUGUGCUCCGACUGGUUUUGGAGUUAGAUGGUGAGACAGUUGUGCGAGCUGAUCCCCACAUCGGUUUGCUCCAUCGUGGUACAGAGAAGCUUAUCGAGUACAAGACCUACACACAGGCUCUGCCCUACUUUGAUCGACUGGAUUAUGUCUCAAUGAUGUGCAAUGAGCAGGCCUAUUCCUUGGCUGUAGAAAAGCUCCUGGGCUUGGAAGCUCCCAUUAGGGCCAAGUACAUUCGCACCAUGUUUGCUGAGGUUACUCGUAUCCUGAAUCACUGUAUGUUCCUGGGAGCUCAUGCCUUGGAUAUUGGUGCUCUUACCCCCUUCCUCUGGCUCUUUGAGGAGCGUGAAAAGAUGAUGGAAUUCUACGAAAGGGCAUCUGGAGCUCGGCUUCAUGCUGCUUAUGUGCGACCUGGUGGUGUUGCUUUUGAUUUACCAAUUGGCCUGAUGGAUGACAUCUAUGAAUUUAUCAGCAAGUUUGGUGAGCGUCUGGAUGAAGUAGAGGAUGUACUCACCAAUAAUCGUAUUUGGAGGCAGCGAAUCAUUGACAUUGGAACAGUCUCAGCUGAGGAUGCUCUUAAUUAUGGCUUUAGCGGUGUGAUGCUUCGUGGAUCAGGCAUCAAGUGGGACUUGCGUAAAGCUCAGCCUUAUGAUGCUUAUGAUCUGGUGGAGUUUGAUGUUCCUGUUGGGAAGAAUGGAGAUACAUAUGACAGGUAUUUGAUCCGUGUAGAAGAAAUGCGUCAGUCCCUCAGCAUCAUUGAACAGUGCUUGAACCAGAUGCCUCCGGGUGAAGUUCGUGUGGAUGAUGCAAAGGUUACCCCCCCAAGGAGAGCAGAAAUGAAGACAUCCAUGGAAGCCUUGAUUCAUCACUUCAAGGUAUUUACACAAGGCUACCAAGUGCCACCAGGUGCCACCUACACUGCUGUUGAAGCACCCAAAGGAGAGUUUGGUGUCUAUCUUGUAUCGGAUGGAUCUUCAAGGCCAUACAGGUGUAAGAUCAAGGCUCCAGGAUUUGCUCACUUGGCUGCUACUGAUAUGGUUGGAAAGAACCACAUGUUGGCUGAUAUUGUAGCCAUUAUUGGUACCCUGGAUAUUGUGUUUGGUGAGGUAGAUCGUUAAGUUUGGAAUGGCCUAAAUCCUUGGAAAAACAUUGUAAAUAUAUCUGUCAAGAUUUACAGGUUUUGUAUUAAAGGCAGAUGCAUUCUGGAUUUGGUUUAUAUCAAACUUGUUGAUUUUGACAGUGCUGCUUAAAGUAAAACAGAGAAUAUUGUACUACAAGUAACAGAUUGAAGUAGAACAAGGGAAAAACUGAGACUUGUUGGAGCUUGGUUGUACAAAGGGCAAGCUCAUAUCUCACAUGUACAGAAGUAUUUAAUGACAAAUAAUAUUGAUGGAUUUUA